AUGGCAGUGCAACUUCGCGCAGUGGCCACUGCCAUCGUUGCUUGCCUUGCAUGCGGGGCGUCAAAUGACACGCAGCUCUGCGAUGGCGACGACGAGACCGACUUGCCAAAUUUUCAGCUUCUGCAGCACAGCCUGUCCGUAUCGCGAGCUACACGAGGUGCUUCUCAGGAUGGCCGCUCCCUUGCGCACUUUGCGGAAUGGAUCGGGAAGAACGGCAACAGUAUCAGGUCAGGCUCCACUUUUGCAGUUCCACCACAUCUUUUGACAUUUCCGUCCUGGACGUGGACUGCGCCACACAAUGCUCUGGUCCGUUCAAGCCCGAUUGUGGACCCCAACGGGGACAUCUAUGUUUCGACAAGCGCGGGCGAGCUUUUCAAAUUCUCACGAGAAGGUCAGCAGCUAUGGAAACGUGGCUUCAAAAACCACUAUGUUUUUGCCAAUCCGGUGUACUAUGGGCACAUAUACACCCUGCAAGACGACUGUACCUUUUUUGCUAUCGAUGCAAAGACUGGAAGCACAGUGUGGCAACGGAAGGCUGGAUAUGGUUCGGGGCCCGACACUUUGUCAGUGAUUGCGGGCAUGGGUGUCGUUGUUUCUUCAUGCUUCGGAAAGGGUGAAGGCACAUCUCUGGGUGGAGCAACUACUGUGGUGGCUUUGAAUGCUACUGACGGCAGCAUGCUAUGGUCUUUCCGUGCACGUUAUCCUCUCUACAACUGGAUCGGCUCUAUUCAGAAUCAGUCGCUCCUUUUUGCAGACUUUUUUGGAGGCACAUACCGUCUGAGUCUUAGCGACGGGUCCGUGAUCUGGAAGGUCCCUCCACCUAGCGUUACUGGUGCAACGACCGGGGGCUUGGCAAGUGGGCCCAAUGGGGUCGUCUAUGUCACUAGCAACCACGAAGAGAUCCCCAACUUCAGGUCCGGAUUCGUGUCUGCUUACUUGGUCAGCGAUGGUUCGCUUCUGUGGCGGCGAAACACAACAUAUGCGGCCAAUGCAGGUGCCGCCAUUUCACCCGGUAGCCGGCCCUUCGUGGUGGUUCCAACAGGUCCAAACCCGGCCGUAGCUCUGCUAGGAGGUGGGGCCAAAGAUUUGGAAAAGUAUAACAACACGGACGAUUUCAGGAAACCCGGCAAGCUUGUUGUUUUGGAUGGCGCGGAUGGACGCACGCUGUGGGACUAUGACUUCCCAGACUGGUAUGGGCCUGCAGCCAACGACACUUUUGAGCACAGCUGUUUGCCAGAUUCCUUUGCCAAUCCAGCUAUUGCCGGAGACGGCAGCAUCUUUGUUGUGGGAGAGAGCGGCCACCUGUACCGCUUCAGGGACGCUGACGGGGACGGAAAGGUGUCUUCCGUGGACGAGAUCUACACUCACAGCACCGGCAACGGAUUCCAGGGGGCCCCAGCGAUAAGUGAUGGUAUUCUGGCAAUAGCACCAUGCAACGGGCUGCAGGUCUUUCUUUAG